UUUCAGCAAUCUCUUCAGCUCUUCCAACAAACCUAAGAGGCCUCUUCCUAUUGCCACUGUCAAGUACAAUGCUCCCACGACCAAUGUUCAGCCAGUUGGUGAUCCAAAUAAGAAGCAGAGAGACAAGAGUUCGAAUCCCAAAUCCAAGGCAUACGAUUUUUUGCAAGAAGAUUUAACCUCAGAAAAAGCUAAAAAGGAAAGGGAGAGAGAGCGAAGAGAACAGUACAAGCAAGUGAGAGCUCAUGUCAAGAAAGAUGAUGGGAGGAUGCAAGCCUAUGGCUGGAGUUUGCCUGCCAAGUUUACCUCCCAUGCUCCGAAGGAUACCUCAAGCAAAUCACAAGUCCCCGUGCCAGUUCCGGUCUACUGCAGGCCUUUGUUCGACAAUCAAAUAGGAUGGAAGAUAUGGUGUGCAGCAGGUGUGAAUUUGACCGGAGGAAGGACCAGAGAUGGGGGAUCUAUAGUGGGCGCUAGUGUGUUUUACUCAGACCCACCACCCGAGGAGAGGAAAGAUGGAGAGAUAAAGACAGAGGUGGACAAGUUGGACAAGGAGUUGAAGGAUCAUGAAAAGAGGGUGAAAGAUGCAGACAAUGAGCAGAUGUCCAGUCUAGUGUGGGUGUGUACUUCAACCCAUGAUGCCAACCGGGUGUCGGUUAUUGAUGCUAACAACCCUGCCGACGUGCUGGAAACCUUCAGAGUGUCAGUCUCUCACAUUCUUUGUAUCGCCAGUAUACCAGGUGCUAUGGAGAGUGAUUACCCCGUUGCGGAAGAGAUACUAAAUGCUGAAGCCCCCAUCCUCCCAAAGGAGACGGUGGUGGCUGCUGGAUCCAGUCCUGGCAGUUCGGGAGAUUCCACUGGUCUAGGGGGUGUCACAUUUGUUCAAUGUGCUACAGGAGGAACUAGCCCUGCUACUGGAUCCCCUGUUGGAUCUUUGA